CCGUGGAUAGGAAACCCACCUCUGUCCAGAUCAACCGAAUUCGUAACUGUUUCGUGAUUUAGCCUCAACGUUACUUUAGGAAUGUGGCUAGCGGGGUUAGCUAGCUAAUGAAAGUCUGUGCCAUGGUGAUGUAGGGCUUUUUCGCACAUCUGUCUGCAGUAGCUAGCAACCGUCAGCCACCACCCGCCUGCUAACGUUACACCAGGCAAGCAGCCGGAGGAGACUGGACAUCACUCUGUCCUCUGACGGGAGUCUCGGCCCAAUCGGACCGGACUGGAACAUGGCUGAGAGGAAUUCUACCGGAUUACUAAUGAUGUUGGAACCGACCCCGGCUAUCGCCAUGACUCUCCCGGUGGAGGUUCGGGAGAAGCUGGCGGAGUUGGAGCUGGAACUCUCGGAAGGGGACAUCACACAGAAGGGAUAUGAGAAGAAGAGAGCCAAGCUGCUGGCCCCCUACAUCCCUCAGAUUCAAGACACCGAACCAUCUCUGCAGAAGGAGAACAGGACCCAGAUGUUGUCUCAGGCUGCUCCACCAGGAUCCAAACACAACAAGUCUCGGGCCACCAACACACGGGAUGAACGCUUCAGAUCUGACCUGCAUACAGAAGCCGUUCACGCUGCCUUGGCCAAGUACAAAGAGCGGAAGAUGCCAAUGCCCUCCAAGAGACGCUCUGUUCUAGUUCAGUCCUCUGUAGAGGCAUGCACUCCCCCAGACACGUCCUCGGCAUCAGAAGACGAGGGUUCACUGCGUCGUGCGGGCCGGAUGGUGUCCUCCACGCCGUACCAGAACCACCCGGCGCCGAACGUAGAACACUGGUUUAACAGAGUCAUCCAGGGCUCCUCCACCUCCUCCUCUGCAUCCUCCACCUCAUCCCAUCCUGGAGGGAGGGUCCACGCUACCACCGCCGUGCUGGCUGACCUCAUGGCAUACACCCAGAUAGAUAACCACUCCGCCCCCCCAGACGUGACUGGCCUAUUGGAACACUCGCUGCAUGCGGACAGAGACAGACCCCCGGUGGCGUCGGUGAAGGUGGUCCCCAGGGGGUACAACCACUCCAGCGUCAUGGAAACCGCCGAUGGUGUCCCAGUGAACAGCAGAGUGUCCUCUAAGAUCCAGCAGCUUCUCAACACUCUGAAGAGACCUAAGAGACCGUCACUUAGAGAGUUCUUCAUUGACGACUUCGAGGAGCUUGUAGAUGUUCAGCAGCCGGACCCUAACCAGCCCAAGGCGGAGGGGAACCAAAUGUCCCCUCUAGCAGGCGAGCCUCUGGGUGUAGUGACCAACUGGCCUCCCUCCCUGCUGGCCUCCCUCCAGCGCUGGGGCAUCACCCAGCCCAGGAGCCCCUGUCUCACUGCCCUGGACAAUGCUGGUAAACCAGUGUAUACUCUUACCUACGGCAAGUUGUGGACACGCAGCCAGAAACUGGCCUACACUCUUCUGAACAAACUGAGCACGAGGAACGAGCCACUACUGCAGCCGGGAGAUAGAGUUGCUCUAGUGUUCCCCAACAGUGACCCUGUGAUGUUUAUGGUGGCUUUCUAUGGAUGUCUGCUGGCAGAGCUGAUCCCUGUGCCCAUUGAGGUGCCCCUCACCAGGAAGGAUGCAGGCAGCCAGCAGAUAGGUUUCCUGUUGGGCAGCUGUGGGGUGACUCUGGCUCUGACUACUGAUGCCUGUCAGAAGGGCUUGCCUAAAGCACAGACUGGAGAGGUGGUCACGUUUAAAGGCUGGCCGCGGUUGCUGUGGUUCGUAACAGAUGGGAAGCACGUUGUAAAGCCACCCAAAGACUGGCACCCCACCAUCAGGGAAGCUAACAAUGAGAUUGCCUAUAUAGAGUACAAGACCAGUAAGGAGGGGAGCACAAUGGGUAUAACUGUCUCUCAUCCAGCCAUGCUAGCCCACUGUCACGCCCUCACACAGGCCUGUGGAUACACUGAGGCUGAGACCAUUUGCAACGUCCUGGACUUCAAGAGAGAUGCAGGACUGUGGCACGGGGUUCUCACUAGUGUGGUGACCAGGAUGCACGUGAUCAGCAUCCCUUACUCCCUGAUGAAGGUUAACCCUCUGUCCUGGAUUCAGAAGGUUCACACUUACAAAGCGCGCGUAGCGGUGGUGAAGUCCAGAGACAUGCACUGGUCCCUGUUGGCCCAGAGAGACCAGAGAGACAUCAGCCUGAGCUCUCUGAGGAUGCUCAUAGUAACUGAUGGAGCUAACCCCUGGUCGAUAUCCUCGUGUGACGCCUUCCUGAACGUGUUCCAGGCACGUGGGCUACGUCCUGAAGUGAUCUGUCCAUGUGCCAGCUCUGCUGAGGGCAUGACGGUCGCCAUCCGAAGACCUCCGGAGUCGGGCGUCCCUCCACCAGGGAAGGCGGUUCUGUCCAUGAGUGGUCUGAGCCACAGUGUGAUCCGGGUAGACACCGAGGAGAAGCUCUCUGUCCUCACAGUGCAGGACGUGGGCCAGGUCAUGCCAGGCGCGCUGGUGUGUGUGGUACGUGUGGAGGGAACUCCGUAUCUCUGCCAGACAGAUGAGGUGGGGGAGAUCUGUGUGAGUUCUGGGAGCACCGGCGUGGCAUACUACGGCCUCCCGGGCAUGACCAAGAACACAUUCCAGACCAUCCCAGUAAGAGCGUCAGGAGGUCCCAUCAGUGGCAGACCCUUCACCAGGACGUCCCUACUGGGCUUUGUAGGACCUGACAACCUGGUGUUUAUCGUAGGUAGAAUGGACGGGCUGAUGACGGUGUGUGGUCGGAGACACAACGCUGAUGAUGUGGUUGCCACGGCGCUGGCAGUGGAGCCCAUGAAGUUUGUCUACAGGGGGAGGAUAGCAGUGUUCUCCGUAUCGGUUCUCCAUGAUGAGCGUAUUGUAGUGGUGGCAGAACAGAGACCAGAUGCUUCAGAGGAGGGCAGCUUCCAGUGGAUGAGUCGCGUUCUUCAGGCUAUAGACAGUAUUCACCAGGUGGGGGUGUACUGCCUAGCUCUUGUCCCUGCCAACACAAUGCCCAAGGCUCCGCUGGGGGGGAUCCAUAUCUCAGAGACCAAACAGAGGUUUCUGGAAGGAGCUCUCCACCCCUGUAACGUCCUCAUGUGUCCCCACAGCUGUGUUACCAACCUGCCCAAACCACGGCAGAAACAACCAGUUCUCCUGGAAAAGAGGUGA